AUGUGGCAGCAGGGAUCCGACAGCGGCGUGCCGAUCCGCAGAGCCUCACCUUUUCAGAUGGAUGCAGGUCCUCUUUUGCAAUCUCCACCUUUCAUGAUCAGUCGUACGAAUCUGCUCGCUGCGCAUACCAUAGCUCUUGUACUUAGCCUAUUGGACCAUGAAUUCGCGGGCGGCGACGUUGGCGACCUUUCACCAAUUAUCAUGUCGCGAUCUACGGCGCUACCAGUGAACCCUUUAGUCAACCACCAUCCCGCUUCCUCCCUCAGCAUCUGCCACAUUGACAGCCGGGGGCAGCUUAACCUGAAUUAG